CUCAACUAGAUACAUACUUGCAUCCUUUGCUUUUUUCACCCAACUCGCCCAUAUACAAACUUUGCAGCAGCGGAAUACCUUGACAACGAACCAUUAUGGCUCAUCUCCAGUAUUACAGCUACCCUGGAGUGGGCGCCAGCAAUAGAGAACGAUUUUCAUACAGCCAGGCUGUUAGAGUUGGAGACACUAUCCAGUGCUCUGGGCAGGGAGGAUGGGAUCCUGAGGGAAAAGUUGACCGAAUUCCUACCGAGAUCAACGAGCAGAUCGACCAAGCAUUCAAGAACGUGGAGCACAACCUGAAGCAUGCUGGUGGAAAAGGAUGGUCCCAAGUCUUUCGAGUGAACUCUUACCAUGUGCCGAUCAAUAACGAAGCUAUUGCGGCAAUGUCUAGAAACUUUAAGAGGUGGAUGCCGGAUCAUCAGCCUAUCUGGACUUGUGUAGGAGUUUCAAGGUUAGGGGAAGACGAUAUGAGAGUGGAAAUUGAAGUCGUGGCAUAUGAUCCGGAUGGUGCAAAGAACGCCGGGGCUUAGCAGUGAUUGGGUGGAAGGAGAAGCAAGCUUGUAGCUGAGGCAGUAAUCCACCAUUGGUCGUCCCAUUUACUUGCACAAUCAUGUUUGUGGUGGCAAUGUAGUAUGUGCUGAGUGAGACCACCCCACUGCACCGUCAAGUUCCUUGGAAUUAGUCUAUUG